UGCCGGGCACCCAAUCGAACGGACGUGCUUUUUCUUGGUUUUGGGAUGAAAUCUUGAAGAUUGGUUUUUCAAGCGGAUUCGGGUCUUUCGUUUUGUCUUGGUUUUUUCGUUGGGAAAAGUGUUGAGUGAUUUUUUGGAAUAAGACCAGCUCGGAUUUCGAACGGAAGGGAUAUUUUUUGUGUAUCGAUGCCGCAGUGCUAGUCCUGUGACGGACGACAGGUGCAAGAUUGCUGGAGUUUAUCUUGUUUCCUUGAGGAGAAGAGCAUGGAUUACGAGUUGUGAUCUUUCAGUGAUCGAAGCAAAGAUCUUUCAAAGUGAUCAGUGAUUUUUGGGAAUUUUAAGGAUAUCAAACGUUUUCCAUUGGUGAAGAAAAAAAUCAUCAGAAGACAGUGAAGUGGUCAUGAGAAUUGACUAAGCGUUGAGACUACAUUUAGGAGUUUCUUCACUAAGGAAGCAUCUAAGGACAUCUCCGGAAAACUUCGUCCAACUAUCAAAGGAGAACCCCCGUCUAACCUAUUGAAUCAUAGUUCAACGAUCAACCAGUUCAAGAUGGCGCAUUUGUCUCCUCCUCCUUCGCCGCCGGCUCUCGCGAACCAGAAUACCGAUCUGGGAAUGGCUUCCUCCAAUCUAAUGCAACGAUCAUCAGCCUUCAAUUCGGUUCUAGGGCAGAAAUGGAACGCGAGAGAUUUGCCACUUCUCUACAAUCCCCUGUUUUACUCGGGAGCAGCAUUCCUCUGGCCACAGUUCCUACUACCGCAGCAACCAAUCACCCCCAUUUCACCGAGUUUGGUCAGCUCCCGGGACUACACAUUAACCCCGGAAAAGGAAGAAAUCAUCGACGAAGACAUGCCACUAAACCUGUCGAUGAAACCAUCUUCUUCAACGCCAAUCUCUCGCGGCUCCGCGCUUACAAGUUCCUCAUCGGCAGCAGCAGCAGCGGCAGCCGCUGCAGCCGCCUCCCUAGCCCAUUCGAUCCACAUCUGGUCUCCGGCGAGUAUGUGCGAAAAGGAAACCAUCUGCGACGACAGCCAGAGCAACAUCGACAUCGAGAACGACGUUGAAGAUGACGACGACGUCGAAGGCGAUAGCGAUCGGGACUCGUCCAGUUGCGGAGGUGAGCUACAGAUCGACGAAUCGCGAUGUGACGAAAGGGAUCAACUGGUGCAGCAGAAACAGCACCAGCAGCUGCUUGCGAUGGAGAACCAUCAGAAAGCGAGAAUCCUCACCGAGUACAACAAUCUACUGAUGGCAAACAGUGGCAGUGGGGCAAGUGGUGGGAAAAGUGAUUACUACAACUACAGCAAGAUUAGCAAGGGAUACUUCAAGCAUCUGCAGCAGCAGCAGAAGAAUCUGGAAAUCCUUAGGCAAAACCGUACCGAUGUGUUUGUGUUAAACAGUAACAAUAGUAGUCAUGGUAAUCUGAACAACAAUCGCGAGGGAGUGAAAAAUAACAAUGUUGGAGUGUACGGGGGUGUGAUGGAAGGGGUUGGGGGAGAAAUUCGGGUGAAAAGUGAGAUGGCGCUGCGACCGGACUCGACGGCUUCGAGCGGUGGCUUCGGGGAUGGGUUCAUGUUCAAGAGGGAACCGGGUUCGGCUGGGGAGCUGAUGCGAAGCGAGGACAGGAAACCGGUGCGGCUUUAUCAGUGUAAACAGUGCGGCAAAUCGUUCAAACGCUCCAGCACCUUGUCGACGCAUCUGCUGAUCCACAGUGACACUAGGCCGUACCCGUGUCAAUACUGCGGAAAACGGUUCCACCAAAAAUCGGACAUGAAAAAGCACACCUACAUUCACACCGGGGAAAAGCCGCACAAAUGUGUCGUUUGCCUGAAAGCCUUCAGCCAGAGCUCGAAUCUGAUUACCCACAUGCGUAAGCACUCGGGCUACAAGCCAUUCUCAUGCGGGCUCUGCGAGAAGGCGUUCCAGCGGAAGGUGGAUCUGCGACGACAUCGCGAGGGUCAGCAUGGGGAACUGAUCGGACCAAGUGGGCCUAUUCCUCUUCCUCCGCUUCCUUCCUCGACUUCCUCACCGAUGGGCCAGCAAGAAUUCAAACCGAUUUUGCUUCCCGGAUCCGGCAUGACUUCUCCUCUGGAUAACCGACCCAACAGCUCCUCGACAAAUUCCUCCGUCUCAGCAGUGGCGGCCGUUGCUGCGGCAGCCGUAGCCGCAGCAGCUGCAGCCGCAAAUGCAGGCUUCCACCACCAGCAUCAUCUAGCAGCCAGCCAUGCGGACAUCAAGAUGGAAGUAAGCAGCAGUUGUUCCUGAUUUCCGUGAACUUCAUCUAGGGAUCUAUUUUAGCUUAAGAAUUAGGUAGGUACUCACCCGUUCCGAGUCAAGCUUUGCAUACCAAAACAUCAACAAAACAAAGCAGCUGUUGGGUGGGUUCCACUUUCGGCGCUUCCUUUUGUUGAUGUUUUUGUUCGAGAUCCUCGCGUGUCAGAUGUCGACUCAUCUUCGGCGCCUACUUCGGUGUCUCAAACUAAAGCUCUUCGAUCCACUCUCGGAACGCGCGAGUAAAUAAAUCAUGAUCAAGGUUUUAUUUGUACAGUUCAAUCAUAACCGUCCGCACUAAUCAGUCGAGUUCGAAACGUACUGUUCAAAGUUGACUCCUAAGUUAUUAUCUAAGUUUAACCCCUCCAAUUAGUCUUAAAUUUACAUUUCGAUCUAGUAAUACCAAAGUUGAAUCCACAUCAUCUGGCUACUGUCAACAAAAAAGAAAUUGAGCGAAGCUUCGGAACCAAAUUAUGUUUGUAAAUAAGUUUCUCACCCAUAAGUUCCUGUACAUAGAAAAACUUAGCAUUUAUUCAACGACUAUUAUUUAUUAACUCAAAACUACCAGCUAUGUUCGAAACACCGAUUUUUACAAAAACGGUCUAGUCUUACUGUAAACAAUCAAACGACGAACUCCCGUCAAGUUAGGUUUAAUUUGUUGGUAAAAUCAAAACAACAAACAAUAAAAAAAACUAUCAUAAAAAGGGAAACGAGAGGCGCUUUUGUUACCGAAGAAAAUGCUUGCAGAGAUGCAUUUACCCUAGGAGAAAUAAAACAUAAAGAAAGGGAGGAUCCCCAUUUCCCCCAACCAUCACGUAAUAGAACGUGUGAAAACAAAACAAACAAAAACGGAAUUCGAACCGACCAAUCAAAGCAGCCCGAACGCUGCUUGCAGGCAAGAAUCACAAACAAAACGUUAUAGUCAUGAAUCAUGCUCAUCAGCAGCACAAGUGCCUCACACUAGGCAGGCGGCUCCGAUGUCAGCGCAUUCAUUAACAGCUACCGAACCAAAGACGAAUCCCCCCUUCCCGUUCGAAUCUGUAGGGGUGCUUAACACACACCCUGGGAGACACCGAGAGGAGGGCGAAGAUUUAGCGAAAACCGCACCCGAAACGGCAAGACACGAAAGCAGACGUCGGAACCACUGUUCGCGUUCUACUGUAAUUUGUGUUCUCUUUCUCUUGCUGUUUGAUCUUUUUUUUAAACAAAUAUUUUAUUUAUCCAAUUGUUCCUUUUACCUUUCUGUAAUUUUAACAAACUAUCCUUGUCACUUUCUCUAUUUUUCCUCUUGAAGCACUCAGGAACAAUUUCCUUACUUAAACUGCACCAAAAUUUGAAGUGUCCCAAUGUAAUACCACCUGUUUUCGACUGUAAAUUUUACCCCGGCUUAUUGUUCGUUAAUCAAAAUUAUUUUGUUAUUUAGUCUUUUAAUACAGUGCGACGACACAUUGCAUAAUCAGCUGAAUUGAUGAUCAUCCAAAAAUUAGUGUUAAUACCUACUUGAGUAGACUCUAUGUACUUAGGAGGCGACUUGUUAGAAUAUUCAAUUGUAGUUGUGUUAAGGUUUUUACCCCCGUUCAUCAAAUAAUGCAUUUGUACAUAUCUGGCAUACAUUCAAGUGGCCUUUUUAUAAACAACUAAGGACUUCUAGAAAGUAGGUAAUAUUUUCAAUGGUACUUAUGUAGAUCUUAAACAAGACAAGAAUGUUACAGGCAUGGACCGUUAGUCAGUAAGUAGCGGAAAAUCGUUGUAUAUUUUUGAUACAAUGAACGAUUGUAAUAAAAAAAAACAACCAAUGCCUUACCAA